GCUUCCAUAUCUAUUUAAAAAUUUUGUAGGUGGAGCUGGCAACAGUGAAUCUCGGCAGAAAUCGUUUUCUUCUGCUGUGUGGUGGUUUUUCUCAAUGUAAAUAAACGAAAAGAAGCAAGAAUUAAUUCUUGCCUACAAUUACCGAGGAAUGAAUUCAAUUGCAGAAAAGAUAAGGAUAUCCGCUUUCAUCAGUAUUACACGAGUAAAUUCAAAACAUCCCAUUUAAUAUAAGUAUUGCCUUAAUUGAGUUUGUAUUGUUUCUAUGCAGUUCCAGUAACAAUACCAUUACUUUUGUAAAUGGCACGAGGAGAAACUCCAACAUUGAUUGAUGUUGACAGUAGAAGAUGCUACUUAGAAAAUAAAACUAAUGAAUACAUGUUUCCACUAUGCACAAGAUCAACUGUUCAACAUGAAAUUAUACCACAAAGUUGUUGGGAUCUUACCUAUAGUGCUUCACCAGUUGCUGUAUCAAAACUGGUAGAUGAUUUAUGUCGACAAGUUUGCAAAUAUCACUUUCUUGCACUCUCAUUGGGGAGUUAUGCUGAUGGAGAGAAUUUGAGAGAAGAAUUAUUUAAAAUAAGAAAAAAAGCUUCUGGCUUAAUCAUUUGUAGUAGAAAUCAUCUAGUGGAUUCUUUUAAAAAUUUAGUUGUUUCAUAUGAAUUAGGAAAGGAUGAAAUGGAACAGAUUAUGAGGGAUAUGCAAUGGAACAAAAACACUUUAGGAGGGGAAGCAAGAGUUCACAAAGUUCUGGGCCACUUUGUUGGAUGGAAGAAUAGGAGUUUUUGGAGAAAGAUGGUAUAUCUACUCUCUGACACUAAUUUUCAGACACUGUUCCAGUUCAAAGUGAGAGGACCUCUCACUUUAUCUCAACAAGAUGUACCUGCAAAACUGUUCAAUUCCAUUAGUUAUAUUGAACAGUUUGCUAAAAAGUAUCACACAGACUGUUUAAAGAAAACUAUCAAAGAUUCUUUAUAUAAUAAAAAGAGGUUGGUGCAUAAUUAUAAGCAUUUUUGUUGGCAGAUUAUAAAAAUGUGUGUCAAUAAUCAUACUCAUAUUUGUCAUAUUAUGCUUUACCACUUCGAAAAAGGAUGGAAAGCAGCACAGUCAUUUCGUGAUCUCAACAAACUUUUCAGCGAAGGAACAAUCAGCGAAAUAUUAUUUUUAUUAUUAGAUGGACUCUGUGAAAGUCAGUUUAUCAAGACUGGUAUAACAGAAGAAAACAAUGAUGUUUUUAAAGCAGUAGACAUGACUUUAUGUGAAAAAUAUUGCUAUGAAGAAGAAAGAGAAAGUUGGCAGCAAUUAGAAGAUGAAAUACUUGAACUUCAUAAUUUGGAUUUAAAUCUUCAUCGUGAUUCUGUUUUGGGACCACUUAUGGAUUAUCUUGCUUUAUGUCCCAAUAAAAAAGACAUUGAAGACAUUAGCACAAUAUCAAUUGGUGAACCAUGGCAGCCACCUGAUAAUUCAAUAUUUAUAUAUUCUAAACAGGGUGAAGAAGCUGAAGUAAGGCCAAAGAGCAAUAUCUUAUGCUACACCAUAGCUAUACUUACAAUUCUUUUUAUAGGGAGUGGUGUUCUGAUGGGUGUGAUAUUUGUUAUUGUCAAAUAAUAUAUUUUAAAGAAAAAUUUCUGAAUGAACAAAACUCCGUCCAUGCCUUAAACUUUAUUAACACAUUUUAUUCUAGUGAUAAUUACAUUCCCUGUAAACCUGGAUAUUAUCAUUUAGUGACUAUUUAUAAGCAUGGAUGUUGUCAUAUAAAGUUUAAAUCACUGUUCUAACGUAAAAAAGAAUAGUGAAUAUAUAUUCUUAUAUAAAAUGCAUGUUAAAAUUAUAAACGGUAUUUGUUUUAAAAAUAAUUUAAUAUAUAUCGUUUUACUACCGGAUUUAUUAGAAGAAAAUUAUAU